UCCCAUGGCCCAGCAACCCAAGCCAAGCUACCAGCGUGCCAACUUCGCCGCAAUCCUGGAUGGUAACUGGGAGAUUUCGAGCCUUGGAGCGAUGCAGUCAAUAACAAAGAAGCACGAAGAUGCUUCCGCUGAGGAAUCGUUCCUUGACAUGGACGACAAUUUUUACGAAGUCGAUGAGCCAUGCAUCGUGCAUCCCGAAACCAUAGACAUGUCGCUCCGCUCGGAUGAAGGUGAAGAUGCGAGUCAGCAAAAGAUCGGAAAGGAGAUAUCAUUUGAAGAAUUCGAGCAGAUUCAUGCCAUUACUUGGCAGCGUCUGUUCUGGGACCACUACGAAGAGCGAAAGGGAAUGGUCGACUAUAGUUUGUAUGAAGACACUAAGCCAAACGUCGAGGAUACCUCCAAGGCCAAGGCAACAGUCAUCUCUGAAGAUGACGAUGACGAAAUGGCACCUGUCUUUUUGCCGAAGGACCUUCUCUCUGAUCUAGGCGCAGAAGACAUCGUCGGUAAGUAUGAUGUAAUGGCCGGCGGCCAUCACGAACUCGAAGCCCUUCCGAGUGACCAGAAGAUGUCUACCGACUUCCAUCUCGAUACAAUCCUCAACCCUAUCUGGGUCGAUAGCGCCAAGGUCGGCGUACCCCAGGGGUCGUGGCCGACGUUCAACAAGAGCAACGCGAGCGAGCGCCGGCUACCGGUUUCGAACAAUGCAUGGACUAGUGGAUGGUCCGACAUCCCCCAGCCUCCGCGCAGAGAACAACCCGUCAAGCCCAACGUCAGUGUCAUGCAGUCGAAGUGGCUUGGCGUCACGACGUUCGGUUCGUCGAUUUGGUCCUCCUGCUCGUCUGCUUCGGGGUGGGACAACGCCCCGGUCGCCGCACCUGCUCAUUCCGUCGACUCUCCGCGCGACCAGAGCUCCUCUCCGGCCUCAUCCAUUUCCUCGUUGCUCUCCUCGUCGGCACCCUCCAUCCCCAGUCCUCGUAGCUUGUCGCCAAUUCUUUCGGAUGGCGCACUCAAGGCUCUCCCUAGUAUUGAGCCCGGCUCCAAGUCGUACAGAUCCUUUGAGGACGAGAUCGGCGAGAUCAUGUUUGACUGUCUCUGACGUGAUGACGCGUCAUCCGCUCGUUCUGCGACAUUGAGUGCGCUAGCUCAAAUCGCGCAUGCGCAAAUAGCGGUACUUAUGGUUGUAGAGAGGAUGCGAACCCCAAGGUGCUGCGGGUAGAGGCUUGAUGAAAAGCAUUGAACAAUGCGAAAAGUGUGGCGGGUGACGGUCUGACAUGGACGAGAGAGGCAGAGGGGUGAAGUUUCUCCUGUCCCGUAUAUUUGUACUUGUUCGACUAGUCUGGCAGCGCUUGUUCCCUUUCUGUCUGUUAUCUAUUUCGUCUGGAAUGUACAUUGUGAGCGUGGCAAUUUGUCUUGUGCAACGACGUUAUCUGUCCUCACCUUCCGCA